AAGAAAUCUAAUUGCACGUGCAAAUGCUGCGCGUGCAAUUUUUUGAACUGAUUUGAAAAAAUAAAUCUUUCACGAGAAUUAGCGAUAUGGAUGAUCAAGAAUUACAAGCUUUUCUUCUAAACGUUAUUGCAAUUUUGCUGCUGUUUACAGCUAUUCAACCUCCGAUUUAUGAAGAGGCAAUUUUGCCUCUAAAUCGACGUUUAAUGCCAAAUUUCCACGGUCAUGGGUUUAAUGGUAGAGAUGUUUAUACUAUGAUAUCUAGCCAACCCUGGUUGUUUUGGAGGAACACUGGGGAGACAUUACAUUCAUUCCAGCAGCUGGUAACAGACCUGUCGCCAAUAUUGAUAAGACAAACAGUUCAUGGACAGCCACGGGUGCGGCAACGCCGUCAAAUCAUCAACUUUGCUAACCAAAUACUACUCGUCCUCAUGUGGCUGAGAAAGUACCUUCAUGUAGAUAACUUGGCUCUUUGGUUUAAUAUCGAUCCAGCAUCUGUAGUCCGCAUCAUAUACAAAGUUGUACCGGAAUUCUGGCAAUAUUUUCAGAAUCAAAUUAGUUGGCCCAACUUACAAGAAUGGAACAAUCUUGCAGGUAACUGGCCUGAAUUUCCUCAUGUAGUUGGAGCAAUAGACAGUACUCCCCAUGAGAUAUAUCGCCCAAUAACAGAGCCUCAAAGGUUGUUCUACAGUGGCCAUCGUCACUAUCACUGUAUUCACACUCAGCUCGUCAUUGAUAAUCAAGGUAACUUGAGGUUUGUUCAAGCAGGUUUCCUUGGUAGCACACAUGACGCUACAUCUUACCGGCUUAUGACACCAAUUGGACCUGGGCGUCCUUUAGCUCUCCCUCCUGGAUUAAAGCUCUUGGCAGACAAAGCCUACCCAGAUGGUGGUCCACUUAUCACAACCGUCAGGGCAAAUCAAGUUUUCAAAGAGAUAAAAACUUAUAAGUGUAUCAGCACCAUAUGGAGACAUCCAAGGUGGUUACUCCCUCCAGUCGUUGAGCUUGUGGCAUUUUUGGCCGAAAGACGUGUCAAACUUUUUGAAAGUAUUUGAAACUUAGCUUGUAUUAGAUGCUUCAUGGUUCUGUGCUAUGAUAGAAAUUAUAACAAGGUUUGGCACGAAGACUGAAGCAUGUUAAGUCGAUCUAAUCGGAACAUGAAAUGUUCUUGUUUUGUUGUGAUGUAAUCAUAAUAUGAUUAA